AUGAUGAAUGUGGAUGAGAAUCCACGACCAACCAAGCGCCAGCGCACCGACGAAUGUCGUAGAGAAAUUGACACCCCGACUACGCGUAUGAGCCCAGCAGCUCUUUUGCUUGGUCUGCCAGCCUUGCUCGUCCACCCACCAACGCAUCCUCAGCAUGCUCGAUCACUCUUCUUGUCUCUUUUUGCUUUCAGAGCAUGUCUUGCGUUACCAUCUUUGGACUUUAAUGUUGAAUGUAGAGCCUGGGCGGGAUUGGCCGAAAUUGGCUCGAAGGUUGGCUUCUGUGAGCCCGGGAUAGAAAGCGAAGUAGAGAAGGCAAUAACGAAAGCGCUUCUCAUUGCCCAAAAGCAUCCAUCUUUGCGACUCUAUAAGCCCUACCUCACCCUUCUCUCGGCUCAAUUGUCAAAGUCCCAACAAAAUAUCAAAUUUGCCCAAAAUACCCUUCGACGUCUUCUCUCAUCGUUUCUGCUACCUUCAGACCCACCGCAUGUCACCUAUUCAGCUCAUCUUGCUCUUAUCGAGAAUCUAACGAAUACUGCUGUCAACUGGUCUCCUAAAAAUGCAACCCUCAAGGCUUUAGGCGCUAUCCAAGAUCUACACAAGCUGGCCGUGCGGAAUCAACAUCCGUCUGUUAGCAAGAUGGCUUCUGUGCUGCGUCUGCGGACUUUGGUGCAUGAUGGAGCAUGGGACAAGGUUCUGGAGUCGCUGGACCUCGCAGAACAAGAGCUCAGCAUGACGGACACUGUGCCACCACUGUCGAAGCAAUCUUCCGCUGAAACGGUGCUGAUAGUGCACGUCCUGCUCCUUGGAAUCAUAUUCCAUAUAUACACUGGUGAUGUGACUAAGGCCCAAACACGGACAAAAAUGUUGCAUGAAAUGCUUGAUGGUAACGCAUUGGGCGCGUUUGGACGGAGUGGAAUCAUGGAGAUAACCUUCCCAAACUCGCAAUCCCUCUAUAUUCAAGCCACGCAUCCACGAAUCAUAUAUACUCUCGGAUUUCUUGUUAGUAGCAUUGCAAAACGUGACCCUGUUGGUAGGAAACCAAAGCGAAAAGUGUUUGCAAAUGAGGGCCUCCUUGUCGUCGACAACGAGCUAAGGGAGGAGAUAUCUCUGCCGGUCUGGGCCUCUAAAACGGAAGCACAGGAGAUAGAAAAGCGGCUUAGGAAGAUCAAAGCUGAUUUGUACUGUGAGGUUGUAGGCGUUGCCAUCAUGCGAAGUGAGUUUGGCGAAGCAGAACGCGUUCUAGCUCAGUUGAUCGCCCACACACGUACCUAUGGGCUUUUUUCGUUCCUUUCAGCUCGAAUCACGCUCCAUCAAGCCCACCUUGCUCAUGCGUUGGGGCAAACCGAACGUGCAGUACAGUGCUAUCGAGUAUCAGCCUAUCUCUCCCGCAAGCGUGACGCUGGGGCCCCAACACCAGCGGCUGAUGACGGGGUUGAAGAUCGGUGGGUAAACGUUGCUGCAAGAGCUGGUGAAUUUUGGGUACGAUUUGGGGUCCUUAGACGGGGGAAGAUGGGUAGAUCUGAGGGCGAGCGGGAGCUGGAGGCGCUGAAGCAGAUAGCGGAUGAGCUGGAAGAGGAAUGUGCAAGAUUAGGGGUCACGCUCGGUGCUGUGGGUUUCCUCUUCAAAGCAUGUCUAUCGACAGAAUUCUUGGCUGCCAAGACCUACCUUCGUCAAGCCUUACAUCUAGCGACAAAUUCGCAAGAUAACCACCUCAGAGCAUUGAUCCUUGCGCUCAUUGCAUCACAGUACCAUCAUACGGCUGCCGACCAUGCAACGAAGAUGCUUGCUACCGCUGAUCAGCUGGCUGCUGGACUUGGGGCGCAGCCCAGACCCACGCAGGCGAGCAAAGGUACAUCUGGGACGCCCACCCCCAAAGGCCCUGGUGACGGGGUUGGCAAUGCCCAGUUGCGAUUGUGGAUCGGAGAACAGAGUCUAGAACUGAUGCGCCGGACAGGCGAAGAAGACGCAGCUCGAAAACAAACAGCACUCAACGCAAAACUGCGGGUUGCUGUCGCAGCCGUGGAAAAUAGGCCUAUGGACCUUCAUCAAUAA